GACACCGAUAAGAGGCUGAACUUUCUGGAUGUCCGCUGUGGCCACCACCAUGCCCAUCCCAUCCGGAGCUUUCAUGCCGGUCUUCAUCCUAGGAGCUGCAUUUGGCAGGCUGGUGGGGGAGAUCAUGGCCACUCUGUUUCCUCAUGGGAUCGUGUUUGAUGGCAUCCUUUACCGCAUCAUCCCUGGAGGGUACGCAGUCAUCGGAGCAGCAGCGUUGACUGGGGCUGUGACUCACACAGUGUCCACGGCGGUUAUCUGCUUCGAGCUGACAGGUCAGAUCUCCCACAUCCUGCCCAUGAUGGUGGCAGUAAUCCUGGCCAACAUGGUGGCCCAGGGCCUGCAGCCCUCCCUCUACGACUCCAUCAUCCAAGUCAAGAAGCUCCCGUACCUGCCGGAGCUUGGCUUCGGACACAUGAGCCAAUACAACAUCUUUGUAGAGGACAUCAUGGUGAGGACGGUGAAGUUUAUGUCGUCUCAGUCCACAUACCGAGAAGUCAAACUCGUGCUGGACUCCACUUCACUCAAAUCGAUCCCCCUGGUCGACUCAAAAGAUUCUAUGAUCUUAUUGGGCAGCAUUGACAGGGUGGAGCUUCUGGCUCUCUGUGAUUGGUGGUUGUCACCAGAAAGAAGGCUCCUGAUGCAGGUGAGGACAGUCACAGGGCAAACACCAACUUAACAACCACCAAAUAUGACAUAAAUUGUUCACCUUACCACUAAAUCCACAAUGAAGAAUUUCAAACAAGCCGUACAGACCUGCUAAAACUGCCCACUGGGUGGGUUUUUGCUACUUUCCAUAGUUUUGAAGAGAAACACAAGUCAAGUUUUCUCAGUUUUACUUCAAGCUGAAUAACAAUGAUGCAUUUAAACGAUGCAGAACAUGUAAAUGAUUGUUAUAAAUACCUUGUGGAGCGCUGCUGUGUACAAGCACGAUUUCAUGUAUAAACACAGGAGCUAACAUUCUGUGGGUUUACUGGGUUUGCUCCCUAAAGCAGAUGUAUGAUGUAUAACUAGUGUACAAACAUGGUUGUUAAUGCAAUAAUUCCAUUAACGUUUUACCGAAAUUACAUAAUGUUGAGUUUACAGCAUGACCCUGUCAGUGAAUUAGCUGCUCGAGCGCCUCUCGAGUUCAGCUGAAGCUCUUUUUACAUGUGUAUUCAUGCAGAGGCAGAGCCUGAAGCCAGACAUUAAAAUAACAAGUGUUUACAAUUGUUAUUGAUUUGGGGCACUGAAAAGUCAGCUGGU